UUCAAGUUCAUAGUGUUGCACAAUCUCCAUAAAUAAAUCACUAUCUCUAUUAUCAAAAAAAAAAUCACUAUCUCAAUAAAUAAAACACAAAUUUGUCGCAGUACUAGGAUUGGGACCGCAACUAAAGCUGGUUACACAGCAGCGUGGUCGGCAGAGAUUUACUUCAACAGACUUUGGGGCUGCAAGUUCUGAGUGAAUGGACGCGUCGUCAAAGAUUAAUUUAUCCCAUUUGUCUCAAGAUAUUGUAGAUGUAUGGAAUGAGUGGCAGAUGCGGUCACUAAUGUUACUCAGUCUCUUUCUGCAAAUCUUCCUCUCCAUUUUUGGAAAACGACGGAAGUUCUCUACUGCACGCUGGCUUGGGCCUUCUCUUUGGCUAGCAUACUUGUCAGCAGAUUGGGUGGCAACUUUUUCAUUGGGUAUCCUUUCUCGCAGCGAAGCCGACUAUAAAAAUCCGAACUUGAUUCCAGUAUUUUGGGCUCCAAUCCUUCUUGUUCACCUUGGUGGCCCUGGAACUAUUACUGCUUAUUCAGUGGAUCGAGUCAACAUAUUAUUCCUAAGUCGCCUUCUUCAGCUAGUAACCCAAGUUGGUGUGGCUUGUUAUGUCUUGUUCCGGUUAUGGAGCCAGAAUGCCAUCACGUCGGUAGUAAUUCCCAUCUUGAUUUCAGGAAUUAUCAAGUAUGGUGAAAGGAUUUGGGUUUUAUUGAGAAGCCACGAAGACAAUAAUGUUAAAGUUUUUAAUCUUGUGUUUGAUUGUGUUUAUUUGAUGAUUUGUAGGUUGAUUGUUGAUUUGAGUAGUAGGAGAAAAAGGUUUGCAUAG